UCCUCCUCCUCCUCCUCCCGCUUAUUCUAUCGUCUGCUAAAUCCGUGCUGCGCGUAGCUUCUUCGGUUGGAUUGGUUUCGUGGUUUAGAUCCGGUUUGCCGUUCGAGCUCGGUUCGUUGGAUCUGUAUGGGAGCGCAAGCGCUUCGCCGAGGAGGGCGGUUAGAAUAGACGGUUCAUUUUGCUGCGAAUUUUUGCGGAGGUUUUUCUUUUUCGGCUUCCUUGGGUUCCAUUGGCCUGUAUCCCUCAACAUGGGUGAACCGAACAGCAAUGACAAUGCAAUGGUGCAUGACAGUGAGAUGGUUGAUGGCAACGGGGUGAUCAAUGGCAAUGAGAUGGUUCAUGGUAGUGAGAUGAUUCAUGGUAAUGAGAUGGUCAAUGGCGACGAGAUGAUCCAUGGCGAUGAGAUGAUUCAAGGGACUGAGAUGGUUCAAGGUAGUGAGAUGAUCCAUGGGAAUGAGAUGGUUCAAGUUAAUGAUCUCAUCCAUGGUAAUGAGAUGGUACAAGUUCAUGACAUGGUCAAUGGUGAUGAUAUGGCCCAUGGUAAUGAAUUGAUCAAUGCUGAGAUGACCCCACACACCACAUCAAGACGUCGGAGGAAGAAGUCGCUAGUCUGGGAGCACUUCACUAUAGAAAACAUGCCAGGGGGAAGCUCAAGAGCAUGCUGCAAUUUAUGCAAGCAAACCUUUGCGUAUAGUUCUGGUUCAAAAAUUGCAGGCACUAGCCAUCUCAAGAGGCACAUCACCCUCGGUUCCUGUCCUGUUAUGAAAGACCAAGACAGGAAGCUAGCACUGCCACCACCAGGAGGCCCUGGCACUGAUAAUGAUGGUGAGGGUACUGUAGAACGCCCUUUGAAGAGGCGCUACAGAUACACUGGUUAUGCAAAUGCUACUUUUGAUCAGGAAAGGAGCUUCUCUUAUCUGGCUAAGAUGAUUAUUUUGCAUGACUACCCGCUUCACAUUGUUCAACAGUCAGCCUUUACUACUUUUAUUGAGAGUCUGCAGCCCCGUUUCAAGGGUGUAGAUGUUGAAACAAUGGAGGGAGAGGUUUAUGCUGUUUUUCAGAAAGCAAAGGAAAACCUGUUGCAAGCAUUCAACACUAUGCCAGGAAGGAUCAGCCUCACUAUAGGCCUGUGGACAACCAGUCAGACUCUAGGCUAUGUUUCGCUUGCUGGGCAGUUUAUCGACUCAGAAUGGAAAGUACACCGAAGAAUGCUCAACUUCAUGAUGGUGUCUUCUCCUCAUUCAGAGAAUGCACUUAGUGAAGCUAUUAGCUCAAGCCUUUUAGAGUGGAAUAUGAAGGACAGGCUAUUCACUAUCACUUUGGAUAAUGAUUGCUCUUCCCAUGAUAUUUACAGUGCAAAUCUGAGGGAUCACCUCUCCAAUAAGAACAACCUCAUGCUUAAGGGACAGCUGUUUGUUGUGAGGUGCUAUGCACAUAUCCUGAAUGUAGUUGCUCAGGAUGUUAUUGCUUCGAUUCACGGUGUGAUUUACAACAUCCGUGAGAGUAUCAAGUUCAUAAAAGCUUCUCCAAGCCGUGAGGAGAGGUUUGCAGAGAUUGCUCUGCAGCUGGAGAUUCCCAGUACCAAGACCCUCUGUCUAGAUGUUACAACCCAGUGGAACACCACUUAUCUGAUGCUGCUGGCUGCCUUGGACUAUAAGCAGGCUUUUGCGACACUAGAGACAUGUGAUGAUAACUACAAUGAAGCUCCUUCAGCAGAGGAUUGGAAGAAAGUUGAGGCUACCUGUAAUUUCCUGAAACUGAUAUAUGACUCUGCACAUAGCAUCAUGGCUGCAGCAAACCCUACUGCAAACAUCUUUUUCCAUGAAGCUUGGAAAAUUCAGCUAGAGCUAGCAAAUGGUACAGGACACGAAGAUCCCAUUUUCAGCAGCAUUGCCAAGGAUAUGCAUGAGAGGUUUGACAAAUACUGGAAAGAUUGCAGCCUGGUGUUAGCCGUUGCUGUUGUCAUGGAUCCACGUUUCAAGAUGAAGCUUGUUGAGUUCAGUUACUCUAAAAUUUAUGGUGCUGAGGCUGGGAAAUAUGUCAAGGUGGUCAAUGACUCUCUGCGUGAGCUGUACAAGGAGUAUGUGGCACAGCCACUCCCAUUGACCCCCACCUAUGUUGAACAAGGGGAAGCUAAUAAUGUGGCUGCCAAUGCAAAUGCUACUCAAGGAAAUCCUCCUUCCACUACUGAUGGUCUUCUUGACUUUGAUAUGUAUCUUUCUGAGAUUCAAAGUAGCCAGCCUGCGAAAUGUGAACUGGAGCAGUACCUGGAGGAAUCCCUCACUCCACGUAUCCAGGAGUUUGACAUCCUUAACUGGUGGAAACUUAACACGCUCAAGUUUCCAACUCUAUCGAAGAUGGCCCGGGAUAUCUUGGCCAUCCCCAUGUCGAUGGUUAGCAGUGGCAGCUCAAUAUUCUCUGCUGGAACCGGGAACCGCAUGCUUGAUGACUACAGAAGCUCCCUUCGUCCGGAGACUGUGGAGGCACUUGUCUGCGCAAAAGACUGGCUCCAGUAUGCACCAGAUCAAACUGAGGCGUCAGGUUCUGUGAUGGUCAAGUCAGAAGCAUCGUAGGUUCACUGUUGGGAGCUUCCAUGUUGGAGCAGGAAUAAGUUUGUGGUAUCAAUGAGUGUAGUUAACUGUAGGCAUAUUUUAGGCAGCGAUUGCAGAAACAUUGUGAUCUAUUAUGCUAUUUAUCUCCUAGUGGUGUAAUUUUUCGUGUCGAACUCAGUUUAACUCAUCGAAGUGUUCUUUAAUGUAUUGAGUUUAGCUGGUCUGUCUGCGGGAUGCAUAAUGUGGUAACUUAAUACAGUUAUAGCAGAUUUUUGCCAUUCUUGGCGCUGCCGUUC